GUUGCAGUAAGCUGAGAUCUUGCCACUGCACUCCAGCCUGGGUGACAGAGCAAGACUCCAUCUCAAAAAAAAAAAAAAAGAAAGAAAAGAAAAGAUAUCUAUAUUUGUUUAGAGAAUGUAUUUUAGGCCUUUAGUUAAGACCUUGGCCGGGCGCAGUUGGCUCAAGCCUGUAAUCCUAGCACUUUGGGAGGCCAAGGUGGGAGGAUCACUUGAGUCCAGGAAUUUGAGACCAGCCUGGGCAACAUGGUGAAAUCCCGUCUCUACAAAAAAUUAGUCGAGUGUGUGGUGCACGCCUGUGGUUCCAGCUAGCCAGGAAGCUGGGGUGGGAGGAUGGUUUGAGCCCAGAGGUGAUAUUUAUGCUGAGAGGUGAAAGAUGAAAAGGAGAAAAAGCCAAGAAAGCACAUUCCAAAUGGAACAAACAGCUUGGGUGAAGUCCCGGAGUUAGGAAAGAACUUAAUACAACGAAGGAACUGAAAGAAGGCUGAUGUUGCUGGAGCUCAGGGAACCAGGGGUGGAGUAGCAAGAAAAAUGAUGGGGGCCAGGCAGUGGCCGAUGCCUGUAAUCCCAGCACUUUCGAAGGCCGAGGCCAGCAGAUUCCUUGCGCUCAGGAGUUUGAAACCAGCCUGGGCAACAUGGCGAAAGUCUACACAAAAAUACAGAAAUUAGCCAGGCAUGGUGGUGCGCGUGUGUAGUCUCUAUUACUCAGGAGGCUGAGGUGUAAUUCCACCAUGUAUUCCAGCCUAGGCGACAGAGCGAGAACUUGCCCUUCUUCUCCCACAAAAAAGAUGGAAUAGCUGGGCAAGGUGGCUCACCCCUGUAAUCCCAGCACUUUUGGAGGCUGAGAUGAGCGGAUCACUUGAGGUCAGGAGUUUGAGACCAGCCUAGCCAACGUGGUGAAACCUCGUCUUUACUAAAAAUACAAAAAUUAGCCGGGUGUGGUGGCAUGCGCUUGUAGUCCCAGCUACUCUACUCAGGAGGCUGAGGCAGGAGAAUCGCUUGAAUCUGGGAGGCGGAGGUUGCAGUGAUCUAAGAUUGCACCACUGCACUCCAGCCUGGGCGACAGAGCAAGACUGUCUCAAAAAAAAAAACAACAAAAAACAAAGAUGGAAUAGCAAGUAAAGGGCCAAUGAUCAUGACUUUAUGGAAGUUGAAGUUUGUAUUUAGUUUUAAGUACAAUUGGAAGACACUGAUGAGUUUUUAAAAGGAAGUGACAUGAUAGAAUUUCUAUUUUAGAAAACUAAUUCUGGCAGCUGUGUGGAAAAUGAAUUGAAAAUGGACAUACCGCUCUUGUGAAACUUCCUUAAAAAGCUAUUGCAUAGCCGGGUGCGGUGGCUCACGCCUGUAAUCCUAGCACUUUGGGAGGCCGAGGCGGGUGGGUCAUGAGGUCAGGAGAUCAAGACCAUCCUGGCUAACACAGUGAAACUCCGUGUCUACUAAAAAAUAAAAAAAUUAGCUGGGCGUGGUGGCGGGCGCCUGUAGUCCCAGCUACUUGGCAGGCUGAGGCAGGAGAAUCACUUGAACCCGGGAGGCGGAGCUUGCAGUGAACCGAGAUCAUGCCACUGCACUCCGGCCUGGGCGACAGAGUGAGACUCUGUCUCAAAAAUAAAUAAUAAAUAAUAAAUAAUUAAACUAUUGCAUAAACUGACCUGCACUGUUUGAAGUCAGAAUAGUGAUUAAUGUUGGGGGCAGGGAGUUACUAGAGGGCAGCAUGAGGGGACAUUCUGAAGGUGCAGGAAAUGUUCCGCUUAUUUUCUGGGAGCUGACUAUAUGGGUAUGUUUGGUUUGUUAGUAUUCAAGCUUUACACUUGGGAUAUGUAAAUUUUUCCUUAUGUAUAUUGUACUUCAAUACAAAUCUUUAGACUGGGCACGGUGGCUCACCCCUGUAAUCCCAGCAUUUUGGGAGACUGAGGAGGGCAGAUCACUUGAGGCCAGAGUUCGAGAUCAGCCUGGCCAUCAUGGUGAAACUGUCUCUACUAAAAAUACAAAAAUUGGCCUGCUGUGUUGGCGCAUGCCUGUAAUCCCAGCUACUUGGGAAGCCGAGGCACAAGAAUCAAUUGAACCAGGAGGUGGAGGUUGCAGUAAACUGAGAUCGACCCACUGCACUCUAGCCUGGGCAACAGAGGGACACUCUCUCUCUCAAAAAAAAAAAAAAAAAUAGAGAGAGAGAGAGAGAGAGAGAAAUAGUUGAACUUAGAUGAUCCUGCAUUAGGAAAUAAAAUGAAACAUAUAACGGUUAUUACUGGAAUAACUGACAAAAUUUAAAGAUGGAAUUUGUAUACUAGUAUUGAAUCACGAUUAAAUUUCCUUAAUUUCAUAAUCGGGCUGUGCUUAUAUAAGAGGUAGUCCUUGAUCUUAGUAGAUACAUACCAAAGUAUUUAGGGAGAUGUGUGAUUGGUUUUCAAAUGGUUUUGCAAAAUAAUAUGUAAAUACAUAGGUAAAGAUAAACGUGGCAAAAUAGUAACACUAAGUGAAUCUAGGUGAAGAGUAUAUGCGCAUUCAUUAUAUUAUUCUUGCAACAUUUGUUUUAAAUUUUUAAUAUUUUAAAAAUAGGCCGGGAGCAGUGGCUCAGGCCUGUAAUCCCAGCAUGUCGGGAGGCCAAGGUGAGCGGGUCACUGGAGGUCAGGAGUUUGAGACCAGCCUAGGCAACAUGAGGAAACCCCAUCUCUAGUGAAAAUACAAAAAUUAGACAGGUGUGAUGGCACCUGCCUGUAAUCCCAGCUUCUCAGGAGGCUGAGGCACGAGAAUCGCUUGAGCCUGGGAGACGGAGGCUGUAGGGAGCUGAGAUCGUGCCACUGCACUCCAGCCUGGGCGACAGAGCGAGACUACGCCAAAAAUAAAUAAAUAAAUAAAUAAAAAUAAAAAUAACUAAAUUACUUGAAAUUGUAAUAAGCUAAGUAAUAAGUAAAAAUUGGAGAAAAGACAUAACAAUAAUUCGAGAACAAGAUGAUGUGACGAGCUAAACCUGGCAGUGAAGACACAGAAAAAUGAGUAAAUUCAAGGUAUGUUUUGGAGGUAAAACUGACAAGGUUUGUUAACUUAUAAGGUGUAGCAAAUAAAGAAGAGGAAUAACUGCUGUUUAAACAACCUGACCAAAAGGACCAAACUAGCUCCGCCCUUCCCUUUUGCACCCACGCGAAGGAAGUGAGGAAAAGAAAGCAAUGGCCUAGCUACCGGCAGGCUUCCGUUCUAGCGUCGCGAAGAGGCCGUAAAGCAGAGAAACCCGUUUGUCCUCUCCCCUAAUGGGCGGGCUUUGAGACUGCCUGGCCAAUGGCAAGCGAGUAAUCGAGGGAUAAUCCAAUAGCUCUGGAGUGGGUGGAGUCCUGAGGAAUUGGGGUGGGCUGGACUUGGGCCUGGAGUUAGGCAUUUCCGCCCACGUGGGAAGCUAUGCCGUACAGACCCGGCUAGAAUCUGAAGUGCGGGAGAGUGCUGGACCCCAAGUGAUGGGGCCGACGCCAGCUGGAGAGCAGCUUCGCGGAGCGACUGGAGAGCCAGAGGUGAUGGAACCAGCCCUGGAAGGCACAGGCAAAGAGGGGAAGAAGGUAUCCUCCAGGAAGCGUACAUUGGCUGAACCUCCAGCGAAGGGCCUCCUGCAGCCAGUGAAGCUCAGCAGGGCAGAACUGUACAAGGAGCCUACCAAUGAGGAGCUUAAUCGCCUUCGGGAGACUGAGAGCUUGUUCCACUCCAGCUUGCUUCGUUUACAGGUAGAGGAGCUACUAAAGGAAGUAAGGCUGUCAGAGAAGAAGAAGGAUCGGAUUGAUGCCUUCCUACGGGAGGUCAACCAGCGGGUCGUGAGGGUGCCCUCAGUCCCUGAGACAGAGCUCACUGACCAGGCAUGGCUCCCUGCUGGGGUUCGAGUGCCCCUCCACCAAGUGCCCUAUGCCGUGAAGGGCUGUUUCCGCUUCCUGCCCCCAGCCCAGGUUACUGUUGUGGGCAGCUACCUUCUGGGCACCUGCAUCCGGCCAGACAUCAAUGUGGAUGUGGCACUGACCAUGCCCAGGGAAAUCCUACAGGACAAGGAUGGGCUGAACCAGCGCUACUUCCGCAAGCGUGCUCUCUACCUGGCCCACUUGGCUCACCACCUGGCCAAGGACCCCCUCUUUGGCAGUGUUUGCUUCUCCUACACAAAUGGCUGCCACCUGAAACCCUCACUGUUGCUGCGGCCGCGUGGAAAGGAUGAGUGCCUGGUCACUGUACGUCUGCAUCCGUGCCCUCCACCUGACUUCUUCCGCCCGUGCCGCUUGCUGCCAACCAAGAACAAUGUGCGCUCUGCCUGGUACCGAGGGCAGAGUCCUGCAGGGGAUGGUAGCCCAGAGCCUCCUACCCCCCACUAUAACACAUGGGUCCUGCAAGAUACAGUUCUCGAGUCCCAUUUGCAGCUCCUGUCAACCAUUCUGAGCUCAGCCCAGGGCCUGAAGGAUGGCGUGGCACUUCUGAAGGUCUGGCUGCAGCAGCGGGAGCUGGACAAGGGCCGGGGUGGGUUUACUGGGUUCCUUGUCUCCAUGCUGGUUGUCUUCCUUGUGUCUACACGCAAGAUCCAUACCACCAUGAGUGGCUACCAGGUCCUGAGAAGCGUCUUGCAGUUUCUGGCCACUACAGACCUGACAGUCAACGGGAUCAGUUUAUGUCGCAGCUCAGAUCCCUCUUUGCCGGCCCUGGCUGACUUCCACCAGGCCUUCUCCGUUGUCUUCCUGGACUCCUCAGGCCGUCUCAACCUCUGUGCUGAUGUCACUGCCUCUACUUACCACCAGGUGCAGCAUGAGGCACGGCUGUCUAUGAUGUUGCUGGACAGCAGAGCUGACGACGGGUUCCAGCUGCUGUUGAUGACUCCCAAACCCAUGAUCCGGGCUUUCGACCAUGUCCUGCAUCUAUAUCCACUGAGUCGCCUGCAGGCAGCGUGCCACCGGCUGAAGCUCUGGCCAGAGCUGCAGGACAAUGGUGGGGACUAUGUCUCAGCUGCUUUGGGCCCCCUGACCACCCUCCUGGAGCAGGGCCUGGGGGCUCGGCUGAACCUGCUGGCUCACUCUCGAUCCCCAGUCCCAGAGUGGGACAUCAGCCAAGAUCCACCAAAGCACAAAGACUCUGGGACCCUGACCCUGGGACUUCUUCUCCGGCCUGAGGGACUGACCAGCGUCCUUGAGCUGGGUCCAGAGGCAGACCAGCCUGAGGCUGCUAAAUUCCGCCAGUUCUGGGGAUCCCGCUCGGAGCUUCGGCGUUUCCAGGACGGAGCCAUUCGGGAAGCUGUGGUCUGGGAGGCAGCCUCUAUGUCCCAGAAGCGCCUUAUUCCCCACCAGGUGGUCACCCACCUCUUGGCACUCCAUGCUGACAUCCCAGAAACCUGUGUCCACUAUGUGGGGGGCCCCCUGGAUGCACUUAUCCAAGGCCUGAAAGAGACCUCCAGCACAGGCGAGGAGGCCCUGGCAGUGGCAGUACGUUGCUACGACGACCUCAGUCGCCUACUGUGGGGGCUAGAGGGUCUCCCACUGACCGUGUCUGCUGUUCAGGGAGCUCACCCAGUGCUGCGCUACACAGAGGUGUUCCCACCAACUCCAGUCCGUCCAGCCUCCUCCUUCUAUGAGCCUCUGCGGGAGCGGUCCUCACUGCUGCCCCGGCUCAAUAAGCCCUGUCCGGCCUACGUGGAGCCCAUGACCGUGGUUUGUCACUUGGAGGGCAGUGGCCAGUGGCCACAGGACGCUGAGGCCGUGCAGCGGGUCCGAGCUGCCUUCCAGCUGCGCCUGGCAGAGCUGUUGACACAACAGCAUGGUCUGCAGUGCCGUGCCACUGCCACGCACACGGAUGUCCUUAAGGAUGGAUUUGUGUUUCGGAUUCACGUGGCCUAUCAGCGGGAGCCCCAGAUCCUGAAGGAGGUGCAGAGCCCAGAGGGGAUGAUCUCGCUGAGGGACACACCUGCUUCCCUCCGCCUUGAGAGAGACACAAGGCAGUUGCCGCUGCUCACCAGUGCCCUGCACGGACUGCAGCAGCAGCACCCAGCCUUCUCUGGUGUGGCACGGCUGGCCAAGCGGUGGGUGCGUGCCCAGCUUCUUGGUGAGGGUUUCACUGAUGAGAGCCUGGAUCUGGUGGCCGCUGCCCUUUUCCUGCACCCUGAGCCCUUCACCCCUCCGAGUUCCCCCCAGGUUGGUUUCCUUCGAUUCCUUUUCUUGGUAUCAACGUUUGAUUGGAAGAACAACCCCCUCAUUGUCAACCUCAAUAAUGAGCUCACUGUGGAGGAGCAGGUGGAGAUCCGCAGUGGCUUCCUGGCAGCUCGGGCACAGCUCCCCGUCAUGGUCAUUGUUACCCCCCAAGACCGCAAAAACUCUGUGUGGACACAGAAUGGACCCUCAGCCCAGAUCCUGCAGCAGCUUGUGAUUCUGGCAGCUGAAGCCCUGCCCAUGUUAGAGAAGCAGCUCAUGGAUCCCUGGGGACCUGGGGACAUCAGGACAGUGUUCCGGCCGCCCUUGGACAUUUACGAUGUGCUGAUUCGCCUGUCUCCUCGCCAUAUCCCACGGCACCGCCAGGCUGUGGACUCACCAGCUGCCUCCUUCUGCCGGGGCCUGCUCAGCCAGCCGGGGCCCUCAUCCCUGAUGCCCGUGCUGGGCUAUGAUCCUCCUCAGCUCUAUCUGACACAGCUCAGGGAGGCCUUUGGGGAUCUGGCCCUUUUCUUCUAUGACCAGCAUGGUGGAGAGGUGAUUGGUGUCCUCUGGAAGCCCACCAGCUUCCAGCCCCAGCCCUUCAAGGCCUCCAGCACAAAGGGUCGCAUGGUGAUGUCUCGAGGUGGGGAGCUAGUAAUGGUGCCCAAUGUAGAAGCAAUCCUGGAGGACUUUGCUGUGCUGGGUGAAGGCCUGGUGCAGACUGUGGAGGCCCGAAGUGAGAGGUGGACUGUGUGAUCCCAGCUCUGGAGCAAGCUGUAGAUGGACAGCAGGACAUUGGACCUCUAGAGCAAGAUGUCAGUAGGAUGACCUCCACCCUCGUUGGACAUGAAUCCUCCAUGGAGGGCCUGCUGGCUGAACAUGCUGAAUCAUCUCCAACAAAACCCAGCCCCAACUUUCUCUCUGAUGCUCCAGCAUUGGGGCAGGGGCAUGGUGGCCCGUGUAGUCUCCUGGGCCUGACCAUCCCAGAAGAGGAGUGGGAGCCAGCUCAGAGAAGGAACUGAACCCAGGAGAUCCAUCCACCUAUUCGCCCUGGGCCUGGACCUCCCCGCGAUUUCCCACUCCUUUCUUAGUCUUCUUCCAGAAACAGAGAAGGGGAUGUGUGCCUGGGAGAGGCUCUGUCUCUUUCCUACUCCCAGGACCUGUGCCUAGACUUAGCAUGCCCUUCACUGCAGCGUCAGGCCUUUAGAUGGGACCCAGAGAAAAUGUGGCCCUCUAGGAGUCACAUCACCGACACUGAGCAGUGGAAAGGGGCUAUAUGUGUAUGAAUAGACCACAUUGAGGGAGCACAAUGCCCUCCUGUGUUGAUGCCACUUCCCAGGGUGGAGACAGUGGAAAAGAACCGAGGACAGGAAAGGAUUGGGUAGGUGAAGGGGUCGGGGGACUGGUAGUCACCCAGUCUUGGAGAGGUGCAAAAAGCACUGGGGGCUACCCAUUCGCUGCAUCUGCCCUGGCUGUUUGCCCGUUCAUGUCACAAACUGCCACUACUAUGUACCUGCAGUGGGGUUGCAGAGAUGGGGGAGACUCAAGUCUUGUUCCCCAGGAGCUCCCAGGGCCCAAGGAGGAGAAUGCUGCCUCCUUUCAGUCUGGUCUACACCCCCUUUCUGGCAGCCUCUCUGCUUCCUGUAAUUCUGGCUAUUUUUCCAGACCCAGCUCAAAUAGUGCCCCUCCUUAAGCCCGUCCCUCGCCCCCAGCCUGAGGUGAUCUUUCCCUCCUCUGAACUAUUAGAGCAGUUACUGUCUGUUCAGUUUGCUUGGCAGGCACACACAGUGGUAUAAAUUCUAUUGUUUUGAACUCUGAUUUAAAAUUCAAUUGCAGCUGGGCGCGGUGGCUCAUGCUUGUAAUCCCAACACUUAGGGAGUCAGGAGAAUCACUUGAGCUCAGAAGUUCUAGACCAAUCUGGGCAACAGAGAGACCCCAUCUCUUUUAAAUAAAAAGUUAAGUUGCUUAA